GUUUUCCAGAGCCUUCCAACCUGAGCCCCAGCAGAGAUGAAGAAUGCAGGAGAACAUCGUCAUUCCAGACAGCUCGGAGUCUUGCAAUGCUGUAUGCAUCAUAGAGAUCGAUGCAGAUGGUGCAGUGGGUACCGGCUUCCUCGGAGUCUUCCCGGCUCUUUUGCCGGGUCUUUUGUUCCUGGUCACUUGCCAUCAUGUCAUACCCGACGAGGCUGCUUGUGCAAGUGCGAUUUGCACCUUCGAGGCAGAUGCUCAGCCAUCCGCUAGCAUUCUUCUGGAGCCACACUUGGGCUUUUGGACCUCAAAAGUCUUGGAUGUGGCCGUCAUUCGGAUCGCUUCCUUUGCAGCCUUUACCCUUCCACGAUUGAAGCCGCAUGUUUUAGACCUGGACGGUGAGCCAGCGAUUGGUGAGGCAGUUUGGCUCAGUUGCUUCAGCCGCCAGAAGUUGGCCCACUUUUGCGGCAGAAGUUUGGGAACCAAUGGAAAGCAACUCCGAGUGGAGGUUCAGGACACCUUACCCGAGAAAGGGGCUUCUGGGGGUCCAGUCACAGCUUGUGGUCAAGCCGUCGCAGUGCAUGUGGGCCUUUUUCGUCAAACAUCAGGCGUGGAGGCACGAGCAUCGCUCUUAAGUGCCCUCAACGAUGAAGCCCACAGUGGAACUCUUUCUGGUGCGCUGCGGCCAAAGCAGCCGUUGCCAUCACAAUUGACCAUUCACGGCCGGCGAGGGACGAACGAUAUCAUCAACGGCGUUUAUCAGGUUUGUGAGGACAAGGAAUGCGGCCAGAACAUUUGGGUGCGCAUCUCUCCAGACCAGUAUGAAGCCACGAUGCAAGCUCGACCAAGUGGUUUGAUCCUAUACAAAGGGUCCCGCAGCCAAGCGUGGACUGUGGCAACAAGACUUGGAGACGGCUUGCUCCGAAGUGAAGGUGGACUGGGUGGUAUUCUUGCACGUCGAUUGAAGCUUGAAGAUGGUGAUGAUCCAACAGAGGUAUGUGUGGGCGAUGUGGCCAAUUGGCAUGUGGCAAGUGGAGCAGCCGGAAAGUUGCAGCCAGACCCUCUUGUCAGGUUAAUGCCUUUGGCUGAUGCAGACUUUGCUAAGUUACGAACGUCGUGGCGCUCUCUUGCUGCAAGUGCUCGCACGCGCCUGGCCAAUGCAGUCCAGGAGGUCGAGGUGACUGGCUUCCCUGGUUCGAUGUCUUUGCUGAAUGGUAAGCUUUGCCUACUGCCAGAGCCCUGGAAUUGGUACCCAGCCUGGAGGUCCAAAGAGGCCAAAGUGGGUACUGACCAUGUUUUCUUAUACCGGGAUGCCUCGCAGACGAAGUGGGUGAUCGGGCUUGCUUUAGGCAAUGGCCACGAAAGGAUGGCUCAUGUGUGCCUUGCCAGGGAAGCGGCUUGUUUCAUUUUGAUGUGUCUUAAGUUCCCUACUUCUCCUCUCCUGUCUAUCUUAACUCGCUGGUAGGUACACAUCCCUUGAGUCACCAGCAGUGGGCCUCGUUUGGGAGGUGGACUGCGGCGAGGAUUGGUUGCCAUACUUCCCGGCGUGAUGGCCUCAGAAAGUCCGGACCGGAGCUUCUUCUGCAAAGACGAUGAGAUGAGAACGAUGUUUCACACAGGACUGUGCGAGCGAGCGAACCGGCCCCAAAGGCACAGGCGAACAGGCCAAAGCCGCCAAAGCACAGAAGCGGCCGGCCCGAUCAAAAACAAGAGCGCUGCCCGAGCAGACCAGC